GCCCGAGAUGUCGCGCAUUCACGAUCAGUCGUUCUGCUCCGCCGGACUGGGGUGCGUUCAUCUGAUUGUAUCACCGCGCAGUGUUGUAUAAUUUACUCGUGUGUUCCAAUCGUUCGCAGACUCCCGGGAAAAUUCGUUUCUCCGAGCGUCCCUCGUUCAUAUUAUUUCGCAUAAGAAUAAUACUAUUAUAAAACUGCUGAAGUCGUUAUUCGAAUUUUUUCGUUUUCAUUUUCGGUAAUUUUUUUUUUUUCGUCUCCGUGUCUUCUUAGCCACCCCCGAGAGGAGGGCGCCUAAAGACCCGCAAGCGGUAUUCGUGUUAUCGUCGUUCGCCGGUCCCAAUCACUUCGUGCUGACGGGACAUUUUUUCCACCCCAUAUCUGUGGCACCUAGACAUGUGACAUGAAGACCACAAUUGUAAUCAAAACAAUUGUACUGAUGACCCUUGUGGUCGAUGGAAUCUCCAGAGCUUACGCCAAACACCGCGAAGGAAAAUACAAAGGCACCCAUUGGUGGGGAAUUGCAAAAGCUGGCGAACCUAAUAAUUUGGCUCCUAUGACCCCUGGCUUGAUGCUCAUGGACUCGUCAUCGUUAACGUUACUGCGCAAUAAACAGAGGAGGCUGAUCCGCGAACAUCCGGGCGUAUUACAAGCAAUCAGCAGAGGCGUCAAUAUGGCACUGCAAGAGUGUCAGCACCAGUUCCGGAACAGGCGUUGGAACUGUUCAACCAAGAACUUCUUAACUGGCAAAAACUUAUUUGGGAAAAUUGUGGACAGAGGUUUCAGGGAGACGGCAUUCAUCUACGCGAUCACCAGCGCGGGCGUGACGCACGCGGUGUCCAGGGCGUGCGCGGAGGGCGUGAUCGAGACGUGCACGUGCGACACCACGCACCAGCGGCGUGGCCCGUACAUCCAGAACUCUGUUCCGGGCGUCAAGGACUGGGAGUGGGGUGGUUGUUCGGACAACAUAGACUUCGGGUACAAGUUCUCCAGGAUGUUCGUGGACACUGGCGAGCGGGGUCGCAGCCUCCGGGAGAAGAUGAACCUGCACAACAACGAAGCCGGCCGCAUGCAUGUACAAUCGGAGAUGAAACAGGAAUGCAAGUGUCAUGGCAUGUCGGGCUCGUGCACGGUGAAGACGUGCUGGAUGAGACUGCCUAUAUUUCGUUCGAUCGGCGACAACCUCAAGGACAGGUUCGACGGCGCGUCCAGGGUGAUGGUCGGCAACGCGGGCGGUCUUCGCAGGAUGCGGAGCGAUGACAACACGCCAAAUAGUCACUACGAACAGGAACAGCAGCAGGAACAGCCGCAAGACCAACUUACGCAACAGCAGCCGCAACAGAACGGCGGCGGAGGCGGUGUACGCGGACGGGGCAGAAGGCGCGGCGGUGGCCGGAACAGAUACAACUUCCAACUGAAACCGUACGACCCCGAUCUAAAGGCACCCGGCACCAAGGACCUGGUGUACCUGGAAACGUCACCCGGGUUCUGUGACCCGAACCCACGUCUGGGCGUACUUGGCACGCACGGUCGCCAGUGCAACGAGACGUCCCUCGGCUUGGACGGGUGCGACCUGAUGUGCUGCGGCCGUGGCCACAAGACUCACCAGGCUCUGGUGUCCGAACGGUGUAACUGCACUUUCCUGUGGUGUUGCGAGGUCAAGUGCAGCGUGUGCCAGUACAGGAAGACAGUCAACACGUGCCAGUAGACCACGCACAGCACGCGACUGCAUUGCGGUCGCAACCGUGGCGGCGGUAGCGCGGGACCAGCUGGCGGCGCUUAUAUGACAUCAUUCCAUUCAUCCAUCAUUCCUAACGCAUGUAUAAUGCUAUUAUACUCAAUUUACAUCAUUUACGUACAACUGUGCACUCAACACGUGCGCGUCUAAACGUAAAUCAUUUAUUUUUUACGAUUUCUGUUCAAUAACAAUUUUACAUUAUCCAUUUUAUUUUUAAUAAUAAUUAAUAUUUAUAUUCAUAACGCGUUUUCUUUACGCGCGAUCGUUGAAAAUGAAUACACUCGACGUAUCACUCACACCGUCCGCACAAUAUCUCAGCUGUGGCCAAAAUUCCGUCCGCUCCGUUGCCGUUUUUCGAAACGUAUAGUAUGAGUGAAACGGGCGAACGGCAUUGUGCGUCGUGAAUUUCGUUUUGAACGAUUUUUUUUUUUUUUUUUAAUUAUUGUAAUACUUCUACUUUCUAUUUUCAAUUUUUUUUUUAUAAAAAUAUUAUGACACCGGCAAAACCCAGAAUGCAAACCGUUAUUCCACACUUUUUUUUGAAUGUGUACAUCCUGCUACACCAAACGUUUGUUUGUUUUUUUUUUUUAUAUAAAUCUAUAGUAGGCUAUAGACAAUAAAACAUGAAUUCAUAUUUCAAGUUUCUAUUGUAAUUUUGUAAUUAUUGUGCAGACAUUUAAUUUAUUAUUAUUAUGCGAUUUAAUUUAUUAUCAUUUUUUUUUUUUAUAUAAGCAAAUUAUGGUUGUUUUUUUUAGUAUUUUUUUUUUUUAGUAUGAACUGUAUUGAGUUUUCUCUUAACUAAUAUAUACAUUUUUUUUAAUUUGUAUUUUUUUAAUUAUUAUUAUCAUUACUAUUAUUAUUGGUUACAUUUAUUCUAAUAACUGUAGUAGUAUUCUUAUUUAAAAGUUUAGUUCCUUUAGCUAUAUAUUUAUGUAAUUUAAAAUAAAAUUGAAAAAAAUAGAUAAAAAGUUUUACACAAAACGCGAUCCUAUACAUUGUAAAAUAAUAUAUAUAUAUAUUAUUUAUAUAUAUAUAUAUAUAUUUAUUAAUAUAUUUAAUACAAAAACAAAAAUAUAAAAAUUGAAAGUUUUAUUUGUAUACUAUUUAAUAAUCAUUAUAAUUUUAGCUAAAGUACUCAACACUAUACCUAGUUCUCCGACGAGAUAUUGUUGAAAAAAAACUUUCCUAUAAACAUGUUUUUUGUAAAUAAAUGGUUUUGUAAUAUUUUUGUA